AUGACCGUUGCAGUUGCAUCCCCCGAAGCGUCCUCCUCAAAGUCGGUAUCGCCGCAGCAGGUCGAAGUUGACGUGAGUUUGUAGCGCUUGUGUGAGAGACUGCGACGCGGUGCAAUAAGCUCACUUUCACAAUGGCCCCGGCCCACGCGUGUACAGGCCAACGCGCUUUCUUCGGCCCUUCUAGAGCUGGUGGCUGUGCUUCCCGUCAAGCCGUCAGCUGAAGAAGCAACCAAUUAUCUCGCUUCUCUCACACCCAUCUUGGCCCAACUCAGAGCCUUGGGCAGAAGGGUUGCAGAGGACAAUAAGAGAUCCAAAGGCAAGGUGGCCGAGAGGAGAGCAGAGGUGGACGAAUCUAGGUUGAGAUUGCAAAACCUGGAGUAUGAGAGGAGCCAAUUGGAGGGAGAGAUUAGGAGGUGUAAAGAGUUUGUGUGAGUGGUGCAAGCGAUGUGCAUGUAUGCGCCUGUUUUUGGCUGACCAUGCCCGGUGCCUCUGCACUCGCUCCUCAGAUCCGUCUUUCAGGAUAUUGAGCUGAGAGAUUUGUCAGAAUUUCAAGCCAUGGCGCCCGAAGAGCUGCGGACGGAGCAGAUCAUGUCAGACGCGCACAGCUUGAUGCUGGCGAGAUUGGAGUAUGAGCUGAUUGAAAGGCAAGAGUGAGUAGUAGCAUGUAUGCUGAUGCUCCCACACCUCGUAGCUCAAUGCCGACUCGCUGCUCCUUUCACGUACGGCAUACGUGGUUCAGGUUGGAAGAGGAGAGAAGGGGCUUGCUAUCCGUCAAGUCACAACUCUUGCACACCAACAGAUCCAAAGCGGCUCAAAUUGCGGAAGCCGAAGCGGAGCUGGGGCGUCUAUUGUCAAGUGUGAGUUCGCCAUGCGAUGCGGUGCGGUGGAAAUGUCGAAAGCGACAUGUAUGCGCUGCGAAUGGACGACCGCUGACGACGCGCACCAUGGCGCUGAAUGCGCGCGACUUUUUCCAGACGGCAGAAGCGGUCGCACAGCGAUUGGAAGCUUGUCAAGCUGCUACCGAGACGGCGACAGAAGCCUAG